AAAAUGGUCCUGUCCGACAGUUUCUGCGGCAUCUAUUGUACUUUGCUUGAGUUUAUGUAUUUCAUUCUUGGAAUCUUGAGGAUCAAUCGGUUACUAAACUGUCGAAGACUUGAUCUUUCUGUAAGCGUCUCCCUGGGACUCGGUCACUCGCUGGUCUGUGCUUUGGCAUGCCGUUGUUGGGGGGCCAGCCCGCCACAAGCAGCACAGACACCAGUACAACCAACCUGUUCCGAAAAUAAAAAGUGCUUUCCCUUUUUACAUUAUAUGAGGCAACAAGAUGACAAUCUCGGCCUCAUCAACAGCUCGUGGGUGUGCGGCGCCUCCGCUGCACGCCGAGACAGUCGCCCGGUCUCCUCCAUCGGUGAAGCCUGCAACAUGGUUGCCGCCUUCGUCCUUGUUUCAGGGGCGCUGGACGAAAUUCUUGUUGGCAGCAAGCGCACUUUUUGCGGUCACAACCCAACCUGUUCUAGGUCGGCUCAGCAUAGACGGCAUGCCUCUGCCCAUGGCAUUCGAGGUGUCAACCAGGGUGAUCUACCUUUUUGAGGACUGGCCAACAGAGACCACGACUCAGUUUGCGGGUGCGUGUGUCGCAACAUGUAUCUUGGGAUUCAUUUGCGUCAUACUUAAAGUUGUUCGGCGAUACGUGGAGAAAUCCCUCGUAUCGCAGGAGAACGUAGGCAAGACAAAGCUUAUCUUCGGUAGCUUCCCGCUGUAUUCCAAUAGCGUGCGCUUCCUCGUGGCUUUCGUCAACUACUCGUGGGAUUACAUGCUCAUGCUUUUGUCGAUGACCUUCAACGUAGGCAUUUUCCUGAGCCUUUUGCUAGGGAUUGCCCUUGGUUUCCUUUUUCUCGGAGAUCUCAUGAGUGUCGAAGUAGGGUCAACCAAGAAACCGUGGAAACCGUGUCAGUGUCCGAAUCACCCUUGCUACACACAGCAAGAAACAGGCGAAGGCACGACAGCUCAAGCGUGCAUGUCACCUGCCUAAGGCGGUACAUCGGGAAUCACCCGAAAUCAAUAUUGACACAGAUUUCAGAGGCAGCGCUUGAACCGGGCAGUUGUCCACCGAUAAGCAGGUGUCUCGGGAAGCCGGCGGCGGAAUGUGUUGCCGGCACCCGGAGAACUCUCCUUUACCACAAAAUAAUGUCGGGAUCAGAAAUAAGGGCGCCAAGGGUGUCUACGUCCCACAUUCUUGACUUUCUGCUGUAUAACGCCUCGAUGAAGUAGAUGGCUCAAGCGCUGUUACUGGCGUCCACCUCGCGAACGAAUAACGAAUUCGGAAUGCCUCGCAGCUGGUUUGUUGGGGGUGGAGGCGGGGGGAAAUAGAACUGGACAAACUGUGUGUGCGCGCAAUUCCGGAGAUAAGGCAGGUUCGUGGAUGAGUCGUCUGUCGCUUCCCGUCGCCGCAUUCCGUCGGAGCACAUCCAUCGACAGGGGCUAGCGCGAACGGGGAGGCAGCACGAAACAUGUGAAGUAGCUGUGACGCCGUGUAUUACAAGUGCUCUGAGCAUCGUUUCUUGCUCUCUCUCUAAUCUCGGAAAACGUGCGGUACGCGCGUAGUUCUUGAUAUCCCAUAUCGGUGUCUGGGUUGGAUUCUCGGUGACCCCGGUCCCUUGUGUAGUGGACCGUCUGACUUGGGGAGGCUUUGUUAUUAUGGACAACAUUGGCGAUUGCCGCACUCAAAGUCACAGUAUCUAGGCUUUUAAAUUUCGAGAGUGACAGGAUAGUGUCGUAGAGGCAGAACCAGUUAGGGUUACGGGCGCCGAGGCUGCCGCAAUGCCGCGUGGAUAGGCGGACGUUCGACACUACAUCACCGAAGUGGACUAGCGAAAGGAGCAGCAGAAACAAGAAACAGUUCAGUCGCGCUGCGUCUGUCUUUACUUUGAGACACAUUUGUAUAUAGCGAUUCCUCGUGACUGGCUGUGUUGUGGCACGCUUCUGAUCCUCCGGAGCCACUACCGACACCGAAGGUGUCUGCACCUCCCUUCCCUUUGCUGUCUAUGGUGGGAUGUAUAUUUUCCGUCUAAUUUUUUGUGUUGCCAAGUGCAAUGGGGAGAAGUGGUCUACAUCUCUUUCCGUGCGCAUCUGAUCUCACAGUGAGGUUUCAUUAUGUUGGCGUAUACUCGAUACGGUACUGAGUGUUUCACCACCAACACCGGGAACUUUUUUGGUCUUUCGGAACUCCUCAUGUUGCAGCCAUCGAACGUUCAGAGCGGGUAUCAAUUUUUUUGCCGCAUACCGUUGAUAAUCAUCGUUUGUUGUAAUCCAGCUCAGUUUUGAAGGCACCAUGGAGGAAACAAUAAUUCUCUGCUGGUGGGUGCAUGGCGGAGGGAACAUCGCCACACUGUCAGGUUUCGAGGACCUUGCGAGUAGCCACAGCCACUAUGGAUUGUGUUAAGACCAGGCAAUAUCCUAAACUUUUCAGACAUUGGGAGGUCUCCUUAUGUAGAGUAAGAAUAGAGGUUCAACCGCGGGUGUGCCCACGGAUUACUGCAUGUUUAGAUCCGCAGGCCAAACUCAUAGGCCUUGAACACCGUACUGGAAUCCGCGCUGAAAAUAAACAGGGCACGUCUUGGGGAAAGUUCCUGUGAAUUGUUCGCGGGUUAGAAUGGAAUAGCGCGGCGUUCAUUGUCGACUGUAAUCGUGGGACGGAUAGCGCCGUAGCUCGCACUCUUUCCCUCAAAAUCAAAUGUCAUCAGGGUUUCAGAGUAGCGACACACAUGACUAGAACCCGGGGGGAAACGAACCGCUCUAGGUGUCACGCUGCGAGAUGGGCAGCUGCCCUACCAUUUUUUCGUUAGUUGUCAUAGGCAAUCAGGGAAAUUCGGCGGAACGUUGGUGGCAGGUGUGUGUGUGUGAAUUUUCUUGAAGUGUGGUAUUGCAUGGCAUGUUCGAGUCUGACAGUUGAAGCUGCAACAUCGUGGUUUUACCACCCGCUAUGCACACCCACUUUUGAUUUUCUGAGUGUCCUUAUAUCCGUACGGGGCAGCGAAACUCAAUCUUCCACUUUCACAUGGAACACCCC